UGCCAACAACAGCCAGCGCCCGCGGCGGAGGCGGCUUCGGGACAUGCACAAUCGGGGAAAGGAGCGGAGGGAGGAGGAAGCCUGAAGCUGCAGUCGGAGAGACAAGUUAAUGACAUUCCUGUCUCCGACCUACCUCACAGGGUUCUUGGGAAGGCUGCGGAGUUGACGCGCGCGCUUUGCGCUGAGAACAUUCUAAAACGGCGUUUGAACGGGAAAGGGGCCGGAGGUCAGUGUCAGAGCGGCGUCGUGGCAGACAGAAGGUCUCAGGUUCGACCACCAGCAUCUCCCCUGCCGGGCUGAUGGGAGUUGCAGUCCAAAACAUCUGGAGGGCACCAGGAGCAGGGGAAAAUGAAUGAAAUCAAGGAGAGCCUGCGGAACAUCGAACAGACUUACAAGAUCUUCCAGCAACAGCAGUUCACCUUCAUUACUGCACUGGAACACACCCGAGAGAAUGCCCAUGACAAAAUCAAGCCUGUGUCAAGCAUUGGACAGGUGCAGACCUACACGGACCAUUACUGCAACAACUCCACUGACAAACGUAUCCUGCUCCUGUUCCUCAGCAUCUGCAGCGACUUGAACAAACUUUGCCAACGGCUGGAAUCCCUACACCCUGGUAACAGUGUCACCAAUGCCCUCUUGGACAAGUGCAAAACGUUGGUGAGCCACAGCAAUGACCUCAGUGGGAUCAGAGCCAAGUACCCUCACGAUGUUGUGAACCACCUCAGCUGCGAUGAAGCCCGGAACCAUUACGGCGGUGUGGUGAGCCUCAUCCCCAUCGUCCUCGACAGCAUGAAGGAGUGGGUGGCUCACACUGAGAAGCUCCCGCGGAACAUGUUACACAGUGAUCCUUAGCUCCUGUUUUUUUGCCUCUUGCCGGAAGAUGCUUCUGAAUAAAGCUGUUUCCCCUGCAAGUGCAGCUCGUUGCUAGAAUUAUAGAGGUGUUUUCGUGAUCAAAUUACUAAAGGAAAAUUAUGCUGAGCCCAGGGAUGGGGGUGGUAGAGAAGGGACAGGCAAACUUGAACCCCAGACCCAGGACUACCCUCACCCUCAUUUUAAACCUAUAAAUCUACAACAUGGUACCCCCACUUCUAAUUACUAUGACUUUUUUUUUCAUCUCCCCAAAUUACACACUGGAAAUCUAGGCCCAAAUCCAGUUCCUAGACUCUUCCCAGACACCCUCCCUCUACUUCUUUUUGACUGUCCCAUUUGGAGAUUACAGACAGGCAAAGGAAUUUCAUCACACAGUGCAUCAUUAAACUAUGGAACUCCUUCCCACAAGAGGCAGUGAUGGCCACCAAUUCUGAUGGCUUAAAAAAAAAAAGAUGAGAUCAUGGAGAACAAGGCUAUCAUGACUACUAGAUAUGUACUCCACUGUGUAUCAGUUGCUGGGGGUGACAAGUGGCGAGAAUGCUCUUGUGCUCAGUUCUUGCUGGCUGGCUUCCCACUGGAGCAUUAGGUUGGCCACUGUGUAAACAAGAUGCUGGACUAGAUGAGUCGCUGGCCUGAUGCAGCAGCCAGGCUCUUCUAACAUUUCCUGUUAUUCUAACAUAUACUGUUAUUCUUUUCAGAAUACUGCAUGACUUUAAACUUCCUAGCCUGGGAUAGUCUGAGCAGAAAGGUGGGUUUAAAAGCUGCAAUAAUAGUGGGAGAAUGGUAGAAACAAAUCCCAGUUCUCUGCAGGGGAGACUGGCCCAUUAGGGUGAAUGGGGCACUGCCCCACCAACAUCAGUCUUCCCUCAGCCACUCCCCACCUAGCUGUCGUCUUUGUUUGCAACCAGUUCAGGGGGUGGCACUUCCUGUCAGCUUUCUCCUCCUCGGUCUGUGUGUUGCUCUUGUAAAACUCAGCUAAGGGAAGAUGGGGAGAGGUAGGAUUAGUUGGCUCUGCUUGUCAUUGGCUCUGGCACCACCCACUGUUGGGCUCCCUGCCUCCUGCCCUACCAGUCCCAAUGAGCACCAGUCACCACUGGUCCUCUGAUGUCAGAUGAGUUCUAAUUUUCUUUAAAGAAUAGAAAAAAGAAGAGGAAGAUAAGAUAGCUAUCACUUUCCACCAACACCUUUGUAGUAAGGUAGCAAGUUAAAAUGCACUGUGGGGUUUGAGUUUCUACUCUGCAUUCAGGAAGUAAAAUAAAUGAAUAAUUGAGCCCUUUCAACCUACAUCCCCAACUCUUUCGGCAUAAAAUGUUUAUUAUUUAUGGUGGUGUUUAUAGACCUACCAAAGCAUUCUUGCUUAGCACUAGAAAGCGCUGGAAGGUAAUUUAUUUUUCUCUUUUUCUAUCUUGCUGGCUUCCUUUCUCUGAUAUAAUACAUAUU